AUGCUUUUUUCACCAGCCCGCUGUCUCAUCCUUCUACUUCUACUGAGUUUCAUUCAUGCUGGACGGAUUCUGUCGAAGAUCAAGGAGCGUGUGCGUAAUCUCCAGCUGCAGAAAGCCAAGCUGCAUCUCCUGACGCGCGUAGCCAGCGGUCGUCAGCCUCUCCAACACGUGAGGGAGGGCAGGAUUCACCAGCAGCUGGACCACUUUAGCCGGCAAGAUGUUAGCAGCUUCCCUCAGAGGUUCUUUGUGAACGAGGUGUACUGGCAGCCGCCUGAUGGACCAGUGUUCCUCUUCAUCGGAGGAGAAGGGCCCAUCUUUGACUUUGAUGUUCUGGCAGGUCACCAUGUUGAAAUGGCUGAAGAGCAUGGGGCUCUGCUAUUGGCUCUGGAGCAUCGUUUCUAUGGUGACAGCAUCAACCCUGACGGCCUGAAAACGGAGAACCUGGCAGACCUGAGCAGCCAGCAAGCGCUUGCUGACUUGGCUGUAUUCCACCAGUACAUCAGCCAAAGCUUCAACCUGAGCCACAGGAACACCUGGAUCAGCUUUGGAGGCUCGUACUCUGGAGCUCUGUCGGCCUGGUUCAGAGGAAAGUUUCCCCAUCUGGUGUAUGGAGCUGUGGCCUCCUCUGCUCCUGUCAAGGCCAAGUUGGACUUCUCCGCCUACAGCAAUGCUGUUGGCUUGAGUCUCAUGAAUGAAGCAGUUGGUGGCUCAGAAAAGUGUCUGGCUGGUGUGCGGGAAGCCUUUGCUGCCGUGGAAGCAGCACUGAUGGGUGGUAAUGCCAGCCAGGUGGCCGAGGACUUUGGCUGCUGUCAGAUCCCCAAAGAUCUUGAUGAUCAGAUUGAGCUGAUGCAAAACUUGGCUGACAUCUUCAUGGGAACAGUGCAGUACAAUGAAGAAGGGGUGCUCAUGUCCAUUAAUGACAUCUGUGCUGUUAUGACCAAUAAAAGUGAGACACAUGUGGUGGAGGUGGAGGCUUACAACCGGCUUGUUAAACUUGCACAGGUCUACCGUUCCACCAGUGAGGAACCAUGUCUGGACGUCUCCCACGAGACAACAGUGAAGGAUCUAAUGGACACGUCCCUCCACUCAGGCAGGAGAACAGAGAGACAAUGGACCUACCAGACCUGCACCGAGUUUGGCUUCUACCAGACGUGUGAGGAUACCACGUGCCCAUUCUCUGGGAUGGUGACCCUGCAGGUCCAUACUGAAGUCUGCCCCAUGCUGUUUGGCAUUUCCCAGCAUUCCCUGCCUGGACGCAUUGCAUUCACUAACACUUACUAUGGAGGAGACAACCCACGCACAAACAGGGUCCUCUACGUCAAUGGUGGAAUUGACCCAUGGAAGGAGCUGUCAGUGGUAAAGGACAGGACUGAGGACGAAGCCGAGACCAUCUUCAUUGAGGACACUGCUCACUGUGCUGAUAUGAUGAGCAGAAGAGUCACAGACCGCUGCUCGCUCAAGAAAGCCAGAAAGGACAUCGAGAAACACGUGGCCAGUUGGCUGAAGAUGGCUGCCCAGGAGAAGACGGAGAAAAGAACUGUCUGA